CGGAGCUCCAUGAUUCCCCACGGCACCUGACGUGCACGACACCCAUCUCUAGAUGCGGCAAAAACUUCCCUUCGGCCAGUGUACUCGUCAUCGGCUCUGGCAUGGCUAUCAGAUGGGCGAUGCGCAUCUGCCCGCCGCUCGGAGCACGGGCAGUGGGCAAGGACUCCAUCGGCAGUGCCGCCAACGGGACGUGUGGGCGGAGCAGUCGCGAGAGCCGAGCCAAUGGCAUCCUGAGAAGAAUCCCACCGGGCGGCGAUUUGAAACUCGCAUGGGGUGCUGCCGUCUAACGUUGACCAGAUGGGACAUGGAUUGUUUUGUGUGACGCACCGAGAUAACUCAUUUCGUAUCCAUUUCGAACGUAAAUCGUAUCCAAUAGGUGGUACUCGAAAUCAAUGAGAGUGUGUUUGUGAUGAG